AAAAUAUAACACCAAAAGUCUUUCCCACUCUCAACACUCCUUUAUGCUGCAUAUAUGUAUGACCCACAAGAAUAUCAUCAAAUUUGUUCACCCAAAUAAAGAAGAUUAAAUUGAAAAACUUGCAAAACCCCAAAACCGGUGAGAAAAUAGGAAACAUAUAUAUUACGUAAAUUAAUCUAAUCAGAGGUCAUUUAAUAUUUUCAACAUUUGGAUUCAACUACCAACAUUAAUGUGCCUCGUUAGUUUCUCACCUGUAAAGGCGUGGUACAGACUUCUACUGGCCUUCACCCAAAUAAAAAGGCCUUUCAAUAUUCAUUAAUGCUUCACCUAAUAAGCUCAAACAAAGAACACAAACAGAUUUUCUUCUUUAUCAAUCAGCUGAUUCAUAGAAGUGGAAUUAGUUGAACAUAUAUAACACACUCAUUUUGAAGGGAAGAGUGAAAAUGGGAGAUUAUAUUGUGAAGGUUGAGGAAGGAAGGGCGGCAGCCGAUGGGAAGCCGUCGAGUGGGCCCGUUUAUCGGUGCAUUUAUGCGAAGGAUGGCCUUUUGGAGAUUCCAGAUGAAUUGGAGUCGCCUUCGGAUUUUUUCAGUGACAAUUUUAUCUAUGAUGGGCAGGCAAAUGCGUACAUGUGGCAAACUUACAAACAAGUCUAUGAUGAUGCCCUUAAGAUUGGCUCUGCCAUUCGAGGCCGUGGUCUCAAUCCAGGUGAUAAGUGCGGCAUUUACGGAGCCAACUGCCCAGAAUGGAUUAUGGCAAUGCAGGCUUGUAAUAGUCACGCCAUAACUUAUGUACCUUUAUACGAUACCCUUGGACCAAAUGCAGUGGAAUUCAUAAUAAACCAUGCUGAAGUUUCCUUAGCCUUUGUUCAAGAAUGCAAGUUGCCAUCUAUACUAACAUGUCUCCCCAAGUGUACAUCAUUCCUAAAAACCAUUGUCAGCUUCGGAAAAAUAUCUGACCAACAAAAAACGGCAGCCAACGAAGUAGGAGUAGAUUGCUUUUCUUGGGAAGAAUUUUCACUGCUGGGAAAUAUGGAUUGUAACCUUCCACCUAAAAACAAGACCAUGACUUGCACGAUUAUGUAUACGAGUGGAACAACUGGUGAACCUAAAGGUGUUGUGCUAACUAAUGGUGCUUUCAUGGCACAAGUAUUGUCAAUUGAUCUACUUCUGAGAGAGAGUAACGAUGAGGCUAAAGAAGAUGAUGUGUACUUUUCAUUCCUUCCACUAGCACACAUAUUCGAUCAAGUUAUCGAGACCUAUAUGAUUUACCGGGGUUCUUCCAUUGGAUAUUGGCAAGGGGAUGUUAAGUUUUUAAUGGAGGAUCUUCUUGUGCUAAGGCCAACUGUAUUUUGUGGAGUCCCAAGAGUCUUUGAGCGAAUAUACGCAGGCAUAAUGGACAAAAUUUCGGCUGGGGGAUUACUGAAGAAGUCUUUAUUCCAGCUUGCAUAUUACUAUAAAUUAAGGAAUCUGCAAAAAGGAGUAAAGCAGGAUGAAGCAUCUCCUCUGUUUGACAAGCUGGUCUUUGAUAAGAUUAAACAAGGAUUUGGGGGACGUGUUCGUCUAAUAUUUUCUGGGGCGGCACCUUUGCCUAAGCACAUUGAAGAGUUUCUGAGAGUCGCAUGUUGCUGCAUGUUUUCACAAGGAUACGGCAAUGUGCACUCAAUGGUUGGCGCUGUUGGAAUUCCUAUGCCAACUGUGGAAGCUCGACUAGAAUCCAUUCCUGAGAUGGGAUACGAUGCUUUGUCUAGUGUCCCACGAGGUGAAAUUUGCAUUAGGGGCAACAUAUUAUUUUCUGGAUACUACAAACGCUUAGAUCUUACUCAACAACAAGUCGUCGAUGGAUGGUUUCAUACAGGCGAUGUUGGGGAGUGGCAGCCUGAUGGAGUAAUGAAGAUUAUCGACAGGAAAAAGAAUAUUUUCAAGCUGUCGCAAGGUGAAUAUGUGGCUGUUGAAAGCAUCGAGAGCGUCUACUCUCAGUGCCCGCUCGUAACAUCUGUUUGGGUGUAUGGGGACAGUUUCGAGUCGUUUCUUGUGGCUGUGGUGGUGCCGGAGAUAAAAGCACUUGAAGAUUGGGCAGCUAAUAAUCAAGAGAAAGGCGAUUUUCAGUCUUUGUGCGGCAACUCAAAGGCAAAAAAGUACAUUCUGGACGAGCUCAACAAUACUGCUAAAAAACACGGUCUUCGAGGUUUCGAGAUGUUAAGAGGGGUUCACUUAGAACCACUUCCUUUCGACAUCAGUCGAGAUCUAAUCACUCCAACAUUUAAGCUCAAGAGGCCUCAAUUAUACAAGUAUUACAAGGACCAUAUAGAUCAGCUUUACGCAGAAGCCAAGGGAACGAAACAGUAAGAUCAGCAUAAAUCAUGAGAAGAAGUCUAAAUAAAUAUGCCCUUAGAAGCUAUUCGAGCAUUUUAAUAUGUGCUUUGUCAUCUGUCCCAAUUCACGUAUGUGUAAAAGUACCUUCAGUUAUUUUAAAGUUUUUAAUUAAUAUAUGCUUUUUCCUCUGUCCCAAUUCACAUAUGUGUAAAAGUACCUUCAGUUAUUUUAAAUUCUAUUAUCCUACUUUCCUUCAGCUG